AUGGCGCCGCGUCCGCCAGGCCCGACUCAUCACCGUGGCCGCCACCGGCCGCUCCGGUUUCGCCCGCCUCCAGCUCCGGCUCCGGCUCCGGCCCCGGCCCCCCCAGCGCCCGGCCCCGGCCCGGCCCCGCCGCCGCCGCCGCCGCCGCCGCCGCUGACAUCAUCGGCUCCCCCCGCCCCGGUCCUACCCCCACCCCCACCCCCGGAAACAGUACCCCCCCAGCGCCGCCGCCGCCGCCGCCGCCGCCGCCGAGAGGAGGCUGGCGCAGCGCAGCAGGCACAGACACCAGGCUCCGGGCUCGGGCUCGGGGCGAGCGCGCCCGACGGCCUGCGCCCGGACCGAUCCCGGGAAGGGAACGGCGCCACGCAGGGCGGCCGGACGGCUCACAAUGGCUGGAGCUCUGAAGGGCCCAGGGCCCCUGAGCCAGGAGGAGAGGAGGAAGUCCAAGGGAAAGAGGCUGGCUGUCACCCCUACUUCAACCUGCCCGACUUCACCCAGCCAUCACCGCCCUCCACUCCGUCCAGCCUCCCCUCGCACCAGCGCUGCCGGCCCUCUGAUGUCACCAAGGGCCUGCUCGUGGCCCUGCUGGGUGGGGGCCUGCCCGCUGGCUUCGUGGGCCCCUUCUCCCGUAUGGCUUACCAGGCUUCCCACUUACCCUCGUUGGAGCUGCUCAUCUGUCGAUGCCUCUUCCACCUCCCUAUUGCCCUGCUGCUGAAACUGCGUGGUGACCCCCUCUUAGGACCUCCCGAUGUCCGGGGCCGGGCCUGCCUCCAUGCCCUGUUCAACGUCCUCAGCAUCGGAUGCGCCUACAGUGCGGUUCAGGUGGUACCCGCUGGCAAUGCUGCCACCGUCCGCAAAGGUUCUUCCACCGUCUGCUCUGCUCUCCUUGCCCUCUGCCUCGAGAGCCAGCGUCUCAGUGGCUAUGACUGGUGUGGCUUGUUGGGCAGCACCCUGGGACUCAUCAUCAUCGUGGGACCUGGACUAGGGACACUGCAGGAGGGGACCACAGGCCUCUACACUGCCCUGGGCUAUGUGCUCACUUUCCUGGGUGGCCUGGCACUGUCGCUGGGCCUCCUGGUGUACCGCUCCCUGGACUUCCCCUCCUGCCUACUGACAGUGGCCUUCCUGUUUGGCUUGGUGGGGCUGGUGGGCUCCGUGCCAGGCCUCUUUCUGCUGCAGACCCCCGUGUUGCCUAAUGAUCCUCUGAGUUGGAGCUGUGUGGGGGCAGUGGGGAUCCUCGCCCUGGUCUCCUUUGUGUCUGUCAGUUAUGCGGUCACCAAGGCCCACCCUGCCCUGGUGUGUGCCGUCCUGCACUCUGAGGUGGUGGUGGCUCUGAUGCUGCAGUAUUAUGUGCUCUAUGAGACCGUGGCACCUUCUGACAUCAUGGGGGCAGGGGUCGUGUUGGGCAGCAUUGCCAUCAUCACCACCCAGAACCUCAGCUGUGAGAGGGAAGGUCAGGUGGAGUGA